CCGGAAGUUCCUCUGUUGUGGGACUCAGCUGGUUCAUUUCUGUUGUCUUUCCUGUACUUUUUCCGCUAUAGGUCGUACCCUCGCCGACGUUGCGAUGGGGGAAGCAGAGAAGUUUCACUACAUCUACAGUUGUGACCUGGAUAUCAACGUCCAGCUUAAGAUAGGAAGCUUGGAAGGGAAGAGAGAACAAAAGAGUUAUAAAGCUGUCCUAGAAGACCCAAUGUUGAAGUUUUCAGGACUAUACCAAGAGACAUGCUCGGAUCUUUAUGUUACUUGUCAGGUUUUUGCAGAAGGGAAGCCUUUGGCCUUGCCAGUGAGAACAUCCUACAAAGCAUUUAGUACAAGAUGGAACUGGAACGAAUGGCUGAAACUACCAGUAAAAUACCCUGACCUGCCCAGGAAUGCCCAAGUGGCGCUCACCAUAUGGGAUGUGUAUGGACCUGGAAAAGCAGUGCCUGUAGGAGGAACAACGGUUUCGCUCUUUGGAAAAUACGGCAUGUUUCGCCAAGGGAUGCAUGACUUGAAAGUCUGGCCUAAUGUAGAAGCAGAUGGAUCAGAACCCACAAAAACUCCUGGCAGAACAAGUAGCACUCUCUCAGAAGAUCAGAUGAGCCGCCUUGCCAAGCUCACCAAAGCUCAUCGACAAGGACACAUGGUGAAAGUAGAUUGGCUGGAUAGAUUGACAUUUAGAGAAAUAGAAAUGAUAAAUGAGAGUGAAAAACGAAGUUCUAAUUUCAUGUACCUGAUGGUUGAGUUUCGAUGUGUCAAGUGUGAUGAUAAGGAAUAUGGUAUUGUUUAUUAUGAAAAGGACGGUGAUGAAUCAUCUCCAAUUUUAACAAGUUUUGAAUUAGUGAAAGUUCCUGACCCCCAGAUGUCUAUGGAGAAUUUAGUGGAGAGCAAACACCACAAGCUUGCCCGGAGUUUAAGAAGUGGACCUUCUGACCAUGAUCUCAAACCCAAUGCUGCCACAAGAGAUCAGUUAAAUAUUAUUGUGAGUUAUCCACCAACCAAACAACUUACAUAUGAAGAACAAGAUCUUGUUUGGAAGUUUAGAUAUUAUCUUACAAAUCAAGAAAAAGCCUUGACAAAGUUCUUGAAAUGUGUUAAUUGGGAUCUACCUCAAGAGGCCAAACAGGCCUUGGAACUUCUGGGAAAAUGGAAGCCGAUGGAUGUAGAGGACUCCUUGGAGCUGUUAUCCUCUCAUUACACCAACCCAACAGUGAGGCGUUAUGCUGUUGCCCGGUUGCGACAGGCCGAUGAUGAGGAUUUGUUGAUGUACCUAUUACAAUUGGUCCAGGCUCUCAAAUACGAAAAUUUUGAUGAUAUAAAGAAUGGAUUGGAACCUACCAAGAAGGAUAGUCAGAGUUCAGUGUCAGAAAAUCUGUCAAAUUCUGGAAUAAAUUCUGCAGAAAUAGAUAGCUCCCAAAUUAUAACCAGCUCCCUUCCUCCAGUCUCUUCACCACCUCCUGCAUCAAAAACAAAAGAAGUUCCAGAUGGCGAAAAUCUGGAACAAGAUCUCUGUACCUUCUUGAUAUCGAGAGCCUGCAAAAACUCAACACUGGCUAAUUAUUUAUACUGGUAUGUGAUCGUGGAAUGUGAAGAUCAAGAUACCCAGCAGAGGGAUCCAAAGACCCAUGAGAUGUACUUGAAUGUAAUGAGAAGAUUUAGCCAAGCGUUGUUGAAGGGUGAUAAGUCUGUCAGAGUUAUGCGUUCUUUGCUGGCCGCACAACAGACAUUUGUAGAUCGGUUGGUGCAUCUAAUGAAGGCAGUACAACGUGAAAGUGGAAAUCGUAAGAAAAAGAAUGAGAGACUACAGGCGUUGCUUGGAGAUAAUGAAAAGAUGAAUUUGUCAGAUGUGGAACUUAUCCCGUUGCCUUUAGAACCCCAAGUGAAAAUUAGAGGAAUAAUUCCGGAAACAGCUACACUGUUUAAAAGUGCCCUUAUGCCUGCACAGUUGUUUUUUAAGACAGAAGAUGGAGGCAAAUAUCCAGUUAUAUUUAAGCAUGGAGAUGAUUUACGUCAAGAUCAACUUAUUCUUCAAAUCAUUUCACUCAUGGAUAAGCUGUUACGGAAAGAAAAUCUGGACUUGAAAUUGACACCUUAUAAGGUGUUAGCCACCAGUACAAAACAUGGCUUCAUGCAGUUUAUCCAGUCAGUUCCUGUGGCUGAAGUUCUUGAUACAGAGGGAAGCAUUCAGAACUUUUUUAGAAAAUACGCACCAAGUGAGAAUGGGCCAAAUGGGAUUAGUGCUGAGGUCAUGGACACUUACGUUAAAAGCUGUGCUGGAUAUUGCGUGAUCACGUAUAUACUUGGAGUUGGAGACAGGCACCUGGAUAACCUUUUGCUAACGAAAACAGGCAAACUCUUCCACAUAGACUUUGGAUAUAUUUUGGGUCGGGAUCCGAAGCCUCUUCCUCCACCAAUGAAGCUGAAUAAAGAAAUGGUAGAAGGAAUGGGGGGCACACAGAGUGAACAGUACCAAGAGUUCCGUAAACAGUGUUACACGGCUUUCCUCCACCUGCGAAGGUAUUCUAAUCUGAUUUUGAACUUGUUUUCCUUGAUGGUUGAUGCAAACAUUCCAGAUAUUGCACUUGAACCAGAUAAAACUGUGAAAAAGGUUCAGGAUAAAUUCCGUUUAGACCUGUCGGAUGAAGAGGCUGUGCAUUACAUGCAGAGUCUGAUCGAUGAGAGUGUCCAUGCUCUUUUUGCUGCAGUGGUGGAACAGAUUCACAAGUUUGCCCAGUACUGGAGAAAAUGAAACUGGGAGUGACACAUCAAGAUGCUUGGCUCAAUAAGAAAACCACGUUAGGAGCAACCUAUGUAUAUUGGAGACUUCAGAGUAACCAGCAAGGAAGAGAAAACUUAAUCGUCAAGUUAUCAUAUUUUCCAGAUAUUACAUGGUACCUGAAUUCUACUUCCUUGGAUGUCAUUGCUUAGAUAUAGUCUUGAAGGGUUUGUUGUGAAAUAUUGUAUAUAUUUUUUCAAAUGUAUACAUUGUUAAUAAAUUAAGAAAUGAGAAAUAUUCUUAUUUAUUUACAUGUUAUGAGAGUUCUGGAGGAAGUAAUAUGUUGAAAUAGCAAAACAGUUUAGUUUUUGAGUUUAAAAUGUUAUGUUUUCCUCUUAUAUCUUCAUAUCAGGACAGCAGUAACUUGAAUUUAGAUUGUCACAGUUUACAAGUUUUUGUUUGCUCCUUCCUUCCUCUCUCUUCUCCCACUCACUGUUGUUUGUUGUUUUUUCCUAAUUUACAUGUUUAAAGUUCUACUUAAAAGUUUUCUUCAAGUUUUACAUGUUAUGGCUCAUUCUUUUGCAGUUCAAGAAUUGCUUAUAUUUUUAAAAGAUAUUCAUUUUCUCUUAUACAUAAUUGAUUUUUUGUAAACUACAGUUCAUAGUUCUUUUAGCUUGUAAGUAUGAAUAUAGUAGAAUAUGAAAAUGUGGCUAUUUAGAUAACUAGCCAAAAGGUCGUCUGACCACCAGUUUUAGUAUUGAGCGUAAGAUAUUUUUAUAGAUUCAUGUAAGGCAAUGUAAAUUGUCUUUCUACAAUAAAAUUUUUUGAUGCAAAUUUAGAUUUCAGAAACUUUUUGAUGGUAUAAAGGAACUGAGGAACAAAAGGCUUUUUGAAAUAGCUCACCUAGACCUGUUAAUGUAAUAUAUUCUUUCUGAGUUAACCAAAUUAAUUUUUUGUUUUUUAAGACUAGAUCUAAUCCCUCUAGCUUUUUUGCUGGAACUUUGGGGAAAAAGAACAAAUACAAAUAUACAAAUGAUAUGAACAAUAUAGUAAUAAUCUUUUGCAACUUAAUAUGUUACAUAGUCAUAUGACUUGGUCUUGGAAGACAAAGAAUUGUUUUGGUGCUGAAUAAAUAUUAAAAAUCAAGUGACAGAGAAAAUGAAGGUAAAAUUGUGGCACAGUUUCAGAGAGCGCCAUUAAUGAUAAUGUGUAUUUGUCUCAAAUUCUUAGCCCUGAGCUUGCCUCUUUAGAGUGGUGUUACCAGCGAGAGGGCAAGCAUGUAAUUAAGAGACACUCUAGAGGCAUAUGGAAUGUGAUUUGUAUAAAACAUACCUGCUGAUUAGAAAAAUGGUAAGAAUGAAAAUACCUUUAUACAUCAUCUUAAGAGAGCGUAUAUCUAAACUAAAUGGGCAGGCUUCAUCCUCUACCUUUCUUUUUCUUUUCUUCUCUUCGCGUGUUUAUGUCUUUUUUGUUGUUCAGACAUUUUUAUCCCUCUGCGUGCUCAUUCUUGUAGUUCCGUUUCUAUUGGCACUUCCUCCAAAAUUUUUCUCUGAAUUACCUUUGUUGAAGGUGACCUUUCUUCCUUGUGAACUCCUACACUUGCAUCUCCUAUUUCAGGGUUUGGCAUACUUUUUCUUUAAUGGGCUAAGAAAGUAAGUAUCUUCAGCUUUGGGGGACAUAUGGUCUCAAUAGCAUCAACUUAACUCUGCUAACUGGAAGGCAAAAGUGUAUCAUCUUACUCAUCCAUAAACUCCACAGCACUCUGCAUAGAUAGGAGCAUGUUUAUAAGGAACUCAACAAAUAAUUCGGACACAGACAUGAAAUUCUCUAAGGGCAGACACUGAUAACUAGUAAGAAAGGUUGAUCAUGAGUAACUUUGUAUUCAGUGCCACCUUAGCAAGAAUUGUAAAGAGGAUAAACCUUUCUAGGAAGGGUGACGCGUGCUGGGUGAGGAAGGAGCAUCUCUCAGGAGGGUAAACAGUAGCUGUGGAUUUGCUGAGAGAUUUUGGCUGUGAGUGACAAGCCUAUAUCAAAAAGAAAAGUGACUUAUCAAUCUCAGUUUUUAUUGCUCAAAGCAAUUCUUCACUCCUAAUUUUUCCAAAUUCCAUUGUUUUUACUUUUUAGAGCUCUAUCCUGAGUGUAGUCUGCAUGUUUCUUUAUUGUCAUUGCCAUGUGACUUCUUUGGUGACAAGUUCAGUAAUAUUUCAAGCAUGAUGUUUGUUUUGAGUUUGAGAAAUGUGUUUGUGAGGACACAUCACUUUAAUUAAAAAGUGUGAAUACUAUGGUCAUUAAGUUAUUCAGAGUGAGAUUUCUGAGUGGGGGAGAGAGAAUGUAGAUGGCAGUUAUUGAGAGUGGGGCUAUAGGAAAAAAAGAAGAAAAGUAUGGUUAACAUUCCCAAAUAAAGGGUGAUACAGCCUUGCUUUUUGCUGGGGUUAGCAAAAAUCAUUCUCCAUAUGCUAGUUUUAGAUGUUCCCCAGUUCAUUUGUAUUAUUGAGUUUUCAACUGGGUAUAUAUUGUUAUAAUAGCAGUCAACAUGAUGUAGGGGCUCGGUAUUACAUGUCAGGACUAUAUUAAUUGCUUCAUGUGCCUUAUCUCAUUAUUCUAUGAGAUAGAAUUGUCUCCUCAUUUUUUAGUUGCAGUAACUGAAGUUUAAAGCAAUUGAAUCAUCUGCCCAAGAAUAAGCUGCUGGUGAGAGCACAAUUGGGAUUUAAGUCGAGUUAGGCCCCAGUGAUCACAGUCUUGACUGUUAAAUUCUUCCAGCCUUCAUUUUUCACUGAGAUAAUGGUAAUGAUAGUACUGACCUCUAAUGUGUGCGUUUGUGGGUGUGUGGUCCAUUCAGCUUUAAUCCCCAGAAGACAAGACUUAUUCCUUUUCUUAUUUUUGGUCAUGUUUUAUUUUUCCAUUGCUUUUAACAGGAUUACCAAAGGCACACUCAGUAGUCAGUAAACACAUUUCUAAGAAAGGUGUUGUGUCAUCAUGCCACAUAUUCAUACUUGCCUUGGGUUGGAAAAUAUAUCAUUCAGUAAAAACAUACAGGUAAAAUAAAUCUUGCCAAUGCAAUUGUUAACCUACAAUCCUAAUAUACCUUAAGUAUAUCCUUGCACAUAAAUAUAACAUUGCCAUUUAAAACGAUAAACCAAGGUGAGAUUCUUAGGAGCAUGUUGUAAGUAAUUACUAAUGUUUGCUUUAUUUUAGAUAGAUCACACAACUUCAAAUAAAAACUGAUAUAGAUUGAACACCCUGAGAAUAAACCUUAGUGCCAAAUGGAAAAUAAUUUUUUACAAGUAAAUUUGAAGAACAAUGUGGACUUUCUAUAAUUAUAUACAGAAAAUAUACUGAUUUACCAAAUGAGUAAUUUUGAUAUAUUAAUAUUUCACUUAUAAGAAUGCAUACCACCUGAUCCAGGAUGGGAUCAAGGAACAGAAAAAGAACAUUAGGUGAAAAUGAAAGAAAUCUGAAUAUAGUAUGGAGUAGCUAAAAACAAACC